AUGGCCAGUUUCUGCAAGGUCUCUAUCAUGGCAUUCUUUCUCUUAGCUAGUGGGGCUUUCCUGUCAUCACCAGCACUGGCAUUCCAAGCCAAUGAAAAAGACUUUAGCCUCGCAUCAGAACCUUCUUCCAGCAGUGAGCAAGACAUUAUUCCACCAGCAGUACGCCAUUAUUUGUUUCAAUGCCUCCAGAGGCUGGGUGAAGAAUGCAGGCCAUUGUUCUUUGCUAGAAUAUUCAUAGGUGAAAAAAAUGAGAUCCCUACUAGUUGUUGCCAAAACCUGGUGCAGAUGGGAGAUAAAUGCCACACUGCAAUUACCAAUGCUGUAAUCUCGAGACCUGAGUUCAGUGGCAAUGCAACCUUAUUUCGUACAAGAUCCGAGGAGACUUGGACGACCUGUAGCCGACUCAUAGAGAUUAUCUCUCCAGGCCCAUCUGCUUAA